UCUGAUGCACCUUGCACUCUUUCUCUCUCUACUCUACUCUCUUCCCUUUUCUAUUCUUUCUUGUCCUACAAAUUCAAUUUUAUAACCACUUCAUGAUCUUGUUUGAAAAUUCCCAAUUCGCUUGUUUAAAACCCUAAUUUUUUUAAUCAACUUUGAAGGUAUUCGUUUCAUCUUUCUUUUCCAUCUUCAAUCUCAAAUGGGUUUUCAUUAUUAAUCUUGAUUUCAAUGCAAGAAAUUCAAAUGGGUUUUCUUUAUCAAUCUUGAUUUCAAUCCAAGAAACUGGUCCAAAAGUUGGGAGGUGAGUGCCAUCUUCAAUCUCAAGUGGGGUUUCUCUUUCAAUCUUGAUUUCAAACCCAGAAAUUGGUCCAAAAGAUGGGGGGUUUUGGAAUUUGGAUGGUGGGUUGAUGAUAUCAAGUGGGUAUGAUUUUUAGGGUUUCUUUGAAAGAUGAAAUCUGGUGAUCAAGAAAGUGCAAAGAUGGAGUCUUUGCAUGUUGUGAAAUCAAAAGGGAACAAGAAAAAGAAGAAGAAUGAGGAAGGGGUUGUGGGUGAAGAAAAGACAAGAAGUGGGUGUUGGAAUAGAUGGGGGUUUAUUGGCAGCUGUGUUUCUUCAAGAUCCAAAGUUGAUAGCUCAACCAGUGGAAUCAGUGAAAGUAAGUCGACAAAUGAUACCAGCAAAGAUCAAGCAGAAGUUCUGGUAGGUGAAAACAAUUUGUCGACUCCGAAACCAUUGGAGGAGGAACUCAAAGUUGCUUCCCGCCUUCGGAAAUUUGCUUUCAAUGAUCUUAAAUUGGCAACACGAAACUUUAGGCCCGAAAGUCUUCUUGGUGAAGGGGGUUUUGGGUGUGUGUUUAAAGGAUGGAUUGAAGAGAAUGGAACUGCACCCGUGAAACCGGGCACAGGACUAACCGUUGCUGUCAAAACCCUGAAUCACGACGGGCUUCAGGGUCAUACAGAGUGGCUGGCAGAAGUAAAUUUUCUAGGCGAUCUUGUUAAUCCGAAUUUGGUUAAAUUGAUCGGUUAUUGCAACGAAGAUGAUCAACGGCUGCUAGUGUAUGAGUUCUUGCCUCGGGGUAGCUUGGAGAAUCACUUGUUCAGAAGAUCGUUACCUCUUCCAUGGUCCAUCAGGAUGAAAAUCGCUCUUGGUGCCGCAAAGGGCCUUGCUUUCCUUCAUGAAGAAGCAAAAAGACCCGUGAUUUAUCGUGAUUUCAAAACCUCCAACAUUUUGCUAGACGCGGAAUACAAUGCCAAACUUUCUGAUUUUGGUCUUGCUAAAGAUGGCCCGGAAGGUGAUAAAACUCACAUAUCUACACGAGUCAUGGGGACGUAUGGUUAUGCCGCCCCGGAAUACGUGAUGACAGGACAUCUCAGUUCAAGAAGUGACGUUUAUAGCUUCGGUGUCGUUUUACUCGAGAUGUUGACUGGUCGGAGGUCAAUGGACAAAAACCGUCCAAACGGUGAACACAACCUCGUUGAAUGGGCCCGACCACAUUUAGGAGAGAGGAGACGGUUUUAUCGGUUAAUAGACCCUCGGCUAGAAGGCCAUUUCUCGGUAAAAGGAGCCCAGAAAGCCGCACAACUCGCGGCUCGUUGCCUUAGUCGUGAUCCAAAAGCGAGGCCUUUGAUGAGUGAAGUCGUUGAAUAUCUUAAACCGUUGCCAGCCCUAAAAGACAUGGCGGGCUCAUCGUAUUACUUGCAGACGGUUCAAUCCGAACGGGUGGGGUCCAGUCCCGACAGUCGGAACGGGACCCGACCACGUGCAGCGUCGUUUUCAAGAAACGGACCGCCACAUGCACGAACCGUCUCGAUACCUCAUGGUUCUUCACCUUAUCGGCAGCACGAGUCACCAAAGACGAAUGGGAAGCAAUAACCCUGAAUUCGCACUUGCCAUCUAUUUGAUGAUGGCAAUUGUGAAUUUUGGGAGAUUUGUAGUUUAUGAGAUGAUUAAAUUUGUAUCAUAUGAUAUUAUGUGUUUGAUAAAUUGAUCACAUUUGUUGAAGAAAAUGUGACGACUUUCUCUUGUAUUAUAUCAGUAAUAUUUAAAGACAAUUUUGAGUUGUUGCAAAUA